GCUGCUAACUAAGAUGGUGUCGGCUGGACUUCCCGGGACGGCUGCCUAAGGGGGAUCGAGGGCCGACAGCCGGAGGGACCACCGAGCCCAGUGUCGCGCCCGGACAGGACCGUGCGGGGGCCCGCAGGUUCCAGACUCGAAGGACCGAAGCACCGCCAAGUACGCCGUCGGAGCUAACAAAUGUUUGAGAGAACGCCGAAAGCGCGGGGAGGCGGGCCGGACCCACUGUCACCAUCUCGCGACAGCUAAGUGACGACGUCGCGCAGCAAGCGCGUGUCUCCACUCUUUCACCUUCAGACGCCGCAGUUCGUGGGCCUGCUCCUUUAAGUAAGUGACGGACAGCGCUUCUGCCCUAUCGGCUUCCUGGUCGUCAUCCAAUCAGAUUUAAACUUCCUCCAGCCGCCGGAGAAGUUGGAAGACUGGGGUCGAAAGAGAGCCGGAGAGUGAGCGAGUUGGGCUCUUCGUCUCUCGCGAGAUCGGGGAGAGCCAAGCGCCCAGGAAAAACGCCAGCACUGAUGUCCAGACUUCCCGAGUAGUGGUUUACAGGACGUGGUCGCAAACCAAUGAGCGGGAAGAGAAGGUGGGCUCGCUGCUUUCGCCGUGCGAGAAGUACCGUUACAGGGCAGACUUUUUGUCCAAUCAACGCCUCCGGGCUCUGGGUCAGGUGACCAUGAAGUGCGAGGGGCGGAGCUACGGCCUGGCGCGAGGAACCGUUAAGACAGACAACGAAUAUAACCAAUGAGGUACUCCGAUUCGGGCGUUGGGAACCCAAUAACAGCGUCGAGGCGGGCGCCUUCCCGGAGCGCGGGGAGAUGUAAAGACGGACAAAUACUUUUUCCAAUGAGAAGGCUGAAGAGUGAAUUAAUGGACCAAUGAGGUCUGCGGGGCGGGAGCCUUUGCCGCGGCGGAGUCCAAGAUGGCGGCGUGCGAGUCCGCUGUGUGAAACGAGCGCGGGGUGGCGGGUUAGUCAGCUCCGCAGAGACGACCUCCGGCGACCCUCCACCAUGAAAGGCAAGGAGCGCUCGCCGGUCAAGCCCAAACGCUCCCGGGGUGGCGAGGACUCCGGCUCUCGCGGAGAACGGAGCAAGAAGUUAGGGGGCUCUGGCGGCAGCAAUGGGAGCAGCAGCGGGAAGACGGACAGCGGCGGGUCGCGGCGGAGCCUCCACCUGGACAAGUCCAGCAGCCGCGGGGGCAGCCGCGAGUAUGACACCGGUGGGGGCAGCUCCAGUAGCCGCUUGCAUAGUUACAGCUCCCCGAGCACCAAAAAUUCCUCAGGCGGGGGCGAGUCGCGCAGCAGCUCCCGGGGUGGAGGCGGGGAGUCACGUUCCUCCGGGGCCGCCUCCUCCGCGCCUGGCGGCGGGGACGGCGUGGAGUACAAGACCCUGAAGAUCAGCGAACUGGGGUCCCAGCUGAGCGACGAGGCGGUGGAGGACGGGCUGUUCCACGAGUUCAAGCGCUUCGGUGAUGUAAGUGUCAAAAUCAGUCACCUCUCGGGUUCUGGCAGCGGGGACGAGCGGGUAGCCUUUGUGAACUUCCGGAGGCCAGAGGACGCGAGGGCGGCCAAGCAUGCCCGGGGCCGCCUGGUGCUCUAUGACCGGCCUCUGAAGAUAGAAGCCGUGUAUGUGAGCCGGCGCCGCAGCCGCUCCCCGCUAGACAAAGAUACUUACCCUCCGUCGUCCAGCGUGGUCGGCACCUCCGUGGGUAGCCACAGGCACGCCCCAGGAGGAGGAGGUCAGAGAUCACUGUCCCCCGGCGGUGCUGCCUUGGGAUACAGAGACUACCGGUUGCAGCAGUUGGCUCUCGGCCGCCUGCCGCCUCCACCCCCACCCCCAUUGCCCCGAGAGCUGGAGAGAGAGCGAGACUAUCCGUUCUAUGACCGAGUGCGCCCGGCUUAUAGUCUGGAGCCAAGGGUGGGAGCUGGAGCAGGUGCUGCUCCUUUCCGAGAAGUGGAUGAGAUAUCACCCGAGGAUGAUCAGCGUGCCAACCGGACACUUUUCUUGGGCAACUUAGACAUCACUGUGACAGAAAAUGAUCUGAGGAGGGCUUUUGAUCGUUUCGGAGUCAUCACAGAAGUGGACAUUAAGAGGCCUUCUCGUGGCCAGACCAGUACCUAUGGUUUUCUCAAAUUUGAGAAUCUAGACAUGUCUCACAGGGCCAAGCUAGCAAUGUCUGGCAAAAUUAUAAUUCGGAAUCCAAUCAAGAUUGGUUAUGGUAAAGCCACACCCACUACCCGACUUUGGGUAGGUGGCCUGGGACCUUGGGUGCCUCUUGCUGCCCUGGCACGAGAAUUUGAUCGAUUUGGCACCAUACGAACCAUAGACUACCGAAAAGGUGAUAGUUGGGCAUAUAUACAGUAUGAAAGCUUGGACGCAGCUCAUGCUGCCUGGACCCAUAUGCGUGGAUUCCCACUUGGUGGCCCAGAUCGUCGCCUUAGAGUAGACUUUGCAGACACAGAACAUCGUUAUCAGCAGCAAUAUCUUCAGCCUCUGCCCUUGACUCAUUAUGAACUAGUGACAGAUACUUUUGGACAUCGAGCACCUGACCCUUUGAGGAGUGCUCGGGAUAGGACACCGCCCUUAUUAUACAGAGAUCGAGAUAGGGACCUUUACACCGAUUCCGAUUGGGUGCCACCCCCACCACCAGUUCGAGAACGCAGUGCUCGUGCUGCAGCUAGUGCUGUGACUGCUUAUGAGCCACUGGAUAGCUUGGAUCGAAGGAGGGAUGGCUGGUCAUUGGACAGGGACAGAGGUGAUCGGGAUUUGCCCAGCAGCAGGGACCAGCCAAGGAAGCGAAGGCUGCCUGAGGAAAGUGGAGGACGGCAUCUGGAUAGAUCACCUGAGAGUGACCGGCCACGAAAACGUCACUGCACUCCCACUCCUGACCGAAGUCCAGAACUGAGCAGUAACAGAGAUCGCUACAACAGUGACAAUGAUCGAUCCUCCCGUCUUCUUUUGGAAAGGCCCUCUCCAAUCAGAGAUAGACGGGGCAGUUUGGAGAAGAGCCAGAGUGACAAGCGAGACCGUAAAAACUCUGCAUCAGCUGAACGGGAUAGGAAGCACCGGACAGCUGCUACUACAGAGGGAAAAAACCCUCUGAAAAAGGAAGAACGGUCUGAUGGCAAUGCCCCCAGUGCCAGCACUUCUUCAUCAAAGCAGAAACCUCCUUCCCAGAAGCAGGAUGGAGGGACAGCUCCUGUGGCGGCAUCCUCUCCCAAACUCUGUUUGGCUUGGCAGGGCAUGCUUCUACUGAAGAACAGCAACUUCCCUUCCAACAUGCAUCUAUUGCAGGGUGACCUCCAAGUUGCUAGCAGUCUACUUGUAGAGGGUUCAACUGGAGGCAAAGUAGCCCAGCUCAAGAUCACUCAGCGUCUCCGUUUGGACCAGCCCAAGUUGGAUGAAGUAACUCGUCGCAUCAAAGUGGCAGGGCCCAAUGGCUAUGCUAUACUUCUGGCUGUACCUGGAAGUUCUGACAGCCGAUCCUCCUCUUCCUCAGCCACAUCAGACACUGCCACCUCUACUCAGAGGCCACUUAGGAACCUUGUGUCCUAUUUAAAGCAAAAGCAGGCAGCUGGGGUGAUCAGCCUCCCUGUGGGAGGCAACAAAGACAAGGAAAACACCGGGGUUCUUCAUGCCUUCCCACCUUGUGAGUUCUCUCAGCAGUUCCUGGAUUCCCCUGCCAAGGCACUGGCCAAAUCUGAAGAAGAUUACCUGGUCAUGAUCAUUGUCCGUGGUGUGUAAUUCAUGUCAGUCCGAGAGCCGCAUCAUCUACUGCAUCAUACUUUUGUUUUUUCACUGUGUAUUUAUAAUUUUUAUUUUAAUCUGGAGGCUUUUGAGAAAAAGAAUGUACUAGGCUUAUGAGCACAAAGGUUCUUGGUGUGCCUAUAGGAAAAAUACCUGAAAUCUACAACUAAGACUUUGGGUGUCUUUUGUUUCCAAAAACAGUAGUUGGCAUGAACUAGACAUCUAGUCAGAAGCUGAUGCAAGUGUAGUCUGUGUACAUGGGUUUAAGUAAAAGUUUUUAGUUAGGUAGAUAGAUUUUUCCAGUUGAAAUCAUUUUAUAGCCAUUAAUCUUUUAGGUUUUUUGUAAGAUAGUUGGGCAAAUGAUUUUGCUGUUAGAGAGUGAAGUCUGUGACAUCUAAUUUCACUAUUAAUCAAAUGGGGUGUGAUGGUUUUCCUUUUGUAAGAACAGUGUUGUUAACAGCUUAUUGAAAAGUACUGAUUUUUGCUCCAUGUUUGAACCCUUAACUGACACUGCUACCUUUUGUUAGAUCUGAUCAUUUAGUAUUUCAGUGUUUUUUAAACAAUGGCUUGAUGCCAUUUCCAAAUAUAUGUAUUAUGUAAAUUAGUUUGGUGCUUACCUACAAAGUGCCAUCAUAUUUGUGUUGCCCACUCUUAUGCAGGUUCAUAAUAUCUGUCAAUUAGCCACUUAAACCUUCAGAAUUUGAUUGAAAGCAGUCUAAAACUGUUUCUAAAUCUCAUUAGCUGUAUCAGAAUCCCAUACUGCAUAUUCUUUAAAAAAUUUUAAAACAUUUUAUACAUAUGGGUGUUUUGCCUGCAUGUAUGUCUGUGUACCACAUGCAGGCUGCUCUUCCAGAGGACUCAGGUUUGGUUCCCAGCACCUAGUCCCAGGGGACCCCAACACCCUCUUUUGGCCUCUCUGGAUACUCAUUUUAACAGCCCAUUCCCCCCCCCCUUUUUUUUUUUUCUUUAAUAACUUUAGUACUUUAACUUUUUUUUCUUCCAGAAACUGCUAAAAUGAAUGGAAAGAAAAUUUCUUAAGUAUGCUAUUUAUGUAUUAAAUAUACUGGUAAAAAUAAGAUUAAGACUUUAUGAUCACAGCUUCAAAGUUUAUGGAAAGUUAAGCAAUCACUCAGCUUCUAGCAAAUGGUUCUAUUUAAUUGUGGAGUAGUAUUUUGCUGGUUGUAAUAGGGAUUCCUCCUGUAAAGAAUUUUUCAUACAGAAACCUAAAUUUUUAAUGUGUACUUGUACACUAUCAAACUGAAGAUAAUUUUUUUUUUAGAAUUAACCUUAAAAUGUACAUCCUCUGGCUUACAUAAGCUUUUGUUAUAUUUUGAAGGUUAUAUUCUUUCUUUGUGACUGACUCACUUAGAUCAUUUGCUACAAAGUAGUAAAAGGUUUUUCAGAGUCAGACAUUUCCAGAUUUAUUUAAAAACUAUGUUCACUGACUACUUUUUCUUUUUUUUUUUUAAUUAAGGUAUUUUUUGUUGUUUUUGUUUUUUGCUGGUAAAAUUGCUCAUUUUGCAGGCACAGCUUGAACUGUAGUUUGUGUCCAUAUAAGAACCAUUUACUAAAACUUCAGUAGUAACAGAAUUAUGAGAUCUCCUAUGGAAGAGGGCCUUAAUGACUUAUGUCAGGGGCAAAAAUGGGGACAAUUUCUGGAUUUUUUUCCCCGUGUUUGUCUGAUUUUUGAAAUAAGAGAAAGGUAUGAGAACAAAAACCAGAUUAAGCCCUGUUAACUUUCUAGUUAGAAUGAUAUCCUUAACAGUGGGAAAUGAUUUCAGGUAACAACAAUAAAAUGUUAAGUUUGAUGAAGAGUUCUUAUGUGUAUAAUUUGAAUAGAAAUGAAAAGUAUGAGUACUGAAGUGUUUUCUGACUGUUUAGCACAUUGGAUAUGUGUAUUCUUAACAGAAAGUAACACCUGUCUUUGGUGACAUAGAUAAAGGUGGUUUGUAAAUGGCUUUGUAGCUUUGACCCCUUUCUACAGCCAAGGAGUCUUUGUCUCCAUUUAAAUUACAAAAUAAGCAUAGAGGGAUUGAAAGUUUGUCUAAACUCCAUCUUUCUAUUGUUACACUUUUUUAGUUAUAUUUAGGAGAUGUUGGUUAAUUAUAAAUUGGUCAUAAAUUUGCUUUUUCCUGAACAUUUGGCCAUGCGUUUAGUCAGUUUUUUGAGGAUAAAGGAUAUUUUCAGUCCUAUAAUCCUUGAUGACAGUCUUAAAAAAAAUACAAAUCAGAUUUUAUUGUUCUACUUGUUAUUUGUGUAUUCAUGUAGUGAAUUCAUUUCAAGGAUUGUGCCAGUGGAUAUUAUUGGUGCUUUUUGAAGUUAAAGUGGACUAUCCAGGAAGGUCUUGUUAAUACUAUGUUCAUCUAUAAUGGCAUAGGGGAAAUAUAUAUAUUUUUAAUACUGUAAACGUUUGUACUGAAUAACCUUUUUUUCCCCCUCCCGCAAGCAAAACUGGUGAACAGCGGAUGAAGAUACGGAAUUCAAAGCUCUAAUGGACCUUUUUGAAGAGAAGUUGUGGCUUAUGUGGAGUUUACAUGGGCCUCUGAUGGAAGAAAGCUAAUCUGUUUAGUAUUUUGUGCAUUUUACUAAAAUGGCAGCUUAACAUUGUGUAUCUGCUAUUGUGAUGCCAAUGCCGGUGUUUUAAGUGGAAAAAUGACCUCUUUGCUUUGUGCUGUGUACACAAGAUUUCUGGAAAAGUAAAGGAAAACCCUUUUUAUGGCUCACACAGCUUAAAAGUAGCUGUCACUCAAACAUGGGCUCACAGUUGAGCUGCUUUUGUUUUAUUCUAAAUAAAUUGUUUCUUUUGAGGAAAA